AUGGAUCAACUCAAGGACAACACGGUUUCGACCGUUAAGGAGGACCCACAUUCACCCCAGAUCAAACAGGAUGGAGAAAAUGUGGCUCCGGAUCGAUUUGAUGAGAAAUAUCGCACGACCCGGAUGGAGAUUUGGGCUUAUUACUCCUAUUAUAUCGGCAAUAAUGGACUUUCUCUGUUCAACUUUGCGCCCACAGCUUUCCAGAACUUGAUGUACCAGGCAGCUCCGCCGAGUGGCAUGCUCGACUUUGCUGGCCGAUCCCGAACAAUCAACAGUAUCGUAUUACUAUGCAACGGCAUCUCUUUCGCAAUCCAAAUCGUCGUCUUCUUGGCGAUUGGCAGUUUCGCCGAUUUCGGUUACUGGCGACCUAACAUCCUGAUCGCUUUAUCAAUUAUCGCGUGGGCAAUUGGAUUUGGCUGGCUGGGCGCUCAUACUUGGGAUAAAUGGCACGUCGGCGUUGGUCUAUAUAUUGUGGGCCUCAUCGCCUACCAAACUACUUUGACCUUCUGGACCGCCGCCUUCCCCGGACUCGCUCGAAACACGGUGGAAAUGAAGGAAAAGGCCGAUGAAUACGCUUCUGGGAGGAUUACCCGUGAAGAAUACAACUACGCGGAUACCAUGAUGCGCAGUCGCCUGUCUAACAUCGCCUUUUAUGUCCAAUCUGUCGCGGAGAUCUUCAUCCUGGCCAUUAUUGUCGGCAUUAUGUUUGGUUUGGACGUCAAUGCUAGCGACGCUAAUAAUAACUGGGGGUUGAGUGUCCUAAUUGCUUUUGCUUCAGGCGUAUGGCUCCUGGUAUCUUUGCCGUGGUUCUUCAUUGAGAAGCGCCGUCCUGGUCAAGAUCCGGGUAAGCGAUCUGUACUGGUUGCGGGGUUGUGGCAGCUCUGGCAUGCAAUGAAGCAGAUUUGGCACCUGAAACAAAGCUUGCUUUAUCUGAUUGGGUACUUCCUGCUAGGAGACUCCUUGAACACUACAGUCACGGUAAUCUCUACCCUACAGAAUGAGAUCGUUGCAUACAAUACUUUGCAGCUUACAUACCUUUUAAUCGUUGGUAUUGCAGCACAAGCUGUUGGCAUUUACGCAUUCUGGGUCAUUCAACAGCGCUACAAGCUGGGAACCAAAACCAUGUUCAACGCCAUCGCAUUUUGCAUCAUCCUGCUCGAUGGCUGGGGAAUGAUUGGAAUCUGGACCGAAAGCUUCGGGUUCCACAACGUAUGGGAAGUUUGGGUAUACCAAGCAUUCUACGGUCUCUUUGUGUGCCCCUGGUACAGCUACUCGCAAAUCAUGAUCUCAGAAGUUACACCUAGAGGCCACGAAUUCCUGUUCUUUAGUCUUUUCAGCAUCAUUGGCAAGACCUCUUCCUUCAUCGGACCCAUUGUCUCGAGCGCUAUCAUCGAUGCAAGCCCGACUGGAAACAGUUCGACCCCGUUUUACUUUCUUUUUGCAUUGAGUCUGUUUAGCUUUGUCCUUCUAGUGUUCUUUGUGGAUCUCAAGAAGAGCCAGGUGGAGCAGGAGAGGUUUUUAUUGGAUAAGAUCCAACGGUUAAAGGAUAAUGAGUCUGAGUCCGCGGGUGAAAGGGUUUAA